AUGGCCAGCCAGCAACCGCAACGCCAGCGGUCGAUGGCCGCCUUCCAGAGCUGCUCCCAGUUCUAUGUCAUCGACAGCCACAUCUGGGUCAUCAAUGGUGACUGUAUCAACUACCGCACCCUGGGCCGCGACGAGGCAUCAAACUCGAGAACAAUGCCCUCCACCUUUUCCAUGCAAAGAACAGCAGCCGCAGAACAAGUCGCCGUCACCAAUUCGCCUGCGCCUUGGAUCUACACAAGCGCAUCUUUCGGAGAAGUGAGACUGGCUUUGGGCUGUAUCUCAGAGGUGAUCCGGUUUAGCCAGAUCAAGGGCCUCUAUUCCCAUACCCGCGAAUUGGCGGAGGUUGUGGUGCUGGCGGAAAAAGCGUACAAGGCUUGCAGAGGGAUCGACAUUGCCAGUCUUGUCCAACGCGGCAUAAAGGAAUGCAUCUCAGGACUCGCCCAAUGUCUUCCCGGUAUCUUUUCUGAACUGAUGCACAUCGCCUUCCUUUCCGAUGGCGCUAAUCUGCAAAGCUCCCUGUUGGGAGGUAUUGUGCAACGCUGGUGGAACAGCAACCAGAAGGAAGAAGAAAUCUCGACUCUGCGGGAGAAGGUGCAGAAGCACUUGGAGAAUUUAUUCCAUUGGUUGAAAUGGGUGAUGUUCCUAUCCCUCGAGGACGGCUCUCACUUCAACCCCGAAAUCCUGUUCCGCUUUCUGGAAUCCCGGACACCGUCUCCUCGCCAUCUUCGAAUCGAUGAGGUCCUGAUAAUGGAACCUCUCGCUGGCCGGCCGCUGUCAGUGCCGACUCGAUUUGUAUCUUCGUUCGAGGACUUGCACCUUGUCCUCCAGCAAGGCUGCCGGGGAACUCUGACCAGCCGUUACAUCGAGUGCAACGAAUACCAGUUGGACGAAUCAUCGACAAAUCUGAUUCUGGAUUCCACGUGUUUCCAGCAGCUCUUCAAGCCAGGCAAACAAUUUGAGAGUGCGCGAAGCGGUUCGUGCCUCGCUCAGUUUAACGCUGUCGAGUAUCAGUAUCCGUCAAUUCCGACGCCCGAGGAUGACGAUGUCGGCAUAACAGCUGAGGGACAGCACACUGAGGCCGCCUCUACAAGACAUGACGCUCAGGCGGACUCCAGCGCCCCUGAACAUAAUACUACACCAAGACAAACCGGCGGGCAUCCUGAAGCUCGAAGCCCUUUGUCGGCUCCUACUUUCCAACAGGCGUCUCCGAAUGGUCAGGGAGCUCCCAUUGAAAACACUUUGGAAAUCGAUACUCCACGAGAUCCAAGGUUGAUGGGACCCACGGGGAGUGGAAAGAGCACGUUCAUCAACUGCGCGAUGAGGAGCCGUGUCGCUCGCGUCACACAUUCGGUCCAAUCCUGCACCGAAAAGAUUCACGUUUAUGGUUGCCACCAUCCAACCAAGCAAGACAGAAGAGUCUUUUUCAUCGAUACACCGGGUUUUGAAGGCACUGCCAUGAAUGACCGCAAAACACUCAAGUCGAUCGCCAAGUGGUUGAAGAAUAUGUACGGGACAGGGGUCAGACUUAGCGGAAUCCUUCUAUUCCACAUGAUGACGGAGGCCCGUUGGAAUGGGACGAAAGACCACAACCUUGAAGUAUUUCAAGAGAUGUGCGGCCCAAAGGCCCUGAAAAACGUCGUCGUCGUUUCUACCGGCUGGGAGGAACUAGAGGAGGAUGUCGGCUCGAUUCGAGAGCAGUACCUUGUUGACAAGGUCUUGGCAGAGUCCAUCUCGCAAGGCUGCCGAUACGAACGCUUUAGCACCCAGGACUUCGACGCGGCCUGGGAUAUCAUUAACCUUUUCCGAUGCAAGGGGAGGGCACUACUUAUUCAGGAGGAGAUGGCGAAGUGGAGGAUGCCACUCAAGAUGACCUCGGCAUUCAAAGCUUUGGCUCGUUUCGGCCGGAUGGGCAAAUGA